AUGGCCAGCGGACAGGGACAGGGUGGCCCUGGUAGUUCGGGGGACGGCAGCGUCGGCAGCAUCUCCCCUCCUCCGAACAGACUGCCCUACCAGCUGCCCCCGCCACACCUCAUGUUUGACCAGGUGGCCCACCUCGAGCUGAUGAACCUCCAGGACAAUGAGCCAGAGCCGCAGCCAGUGAUUGUGAAGGAGGGAUGGGUGCACAAGAGAGGCGAACAUAUCAAAAACUGGCGUCUGCGGUACUUCAUACUGAUGGACGACGGCUCGCUGCGCGGCUACAAGCGCAAACCGGAGAACGGCAACUACGCCGACCCGAUGAACGACUUCACCGUGCGCGGCUGUCAGAUCAUGAAGACCGACCGCCCGAAGCCCUUCAUGUUCAUCAUGCGCGGCCUCCAGUGGACCUCGGUGAUUGAGCGGACCUUCCAGGCGAACGACGACGCCGAGCGCACCGAGUGGAUGCAGGCGAUUGCCAUGGUCAGCCAGAGUCUGCCGCCGCUGGACAUGAACGGCGACGUGGAGAUGGCCGACGAGGCGAAGCAGGACUCGAUGGGAGGGGCUGCGGGAAGCUCCGCCUCCGCCUCCACGUCCUCCUCAGUGCUGGACUUCUUUGGCAGCAAGUCGAACCGAAGUAAUCUGCACAUCACCAGUCAGCAGUCGAACAAGGGGCGGAAGAUUCAGCUGGACAACUUUGAGUACCUGAAGGUGCUGGGCAAGGGCACCUUCGGCAAGGUGAUCCUCUGUCGGGAGAAGAAGACCACCCGCCUGUACGCCAUCAAGGUCCUCAAGAAGGAGACGAUCAUCGAGAAGGACGAGGUGGCGCACACGCUGACGGAGAACCGGGUGUUGCAGCACACGAAGCAUCCCUUUUUGAUUUCGCUCAAAUACUCUUUUCAAACGGAGGACCUGCUGUGUUUUGUGAUGGAGUACGUCAACGGCGGCGAGCUCUUCUUUCACCUCUCUCGUGAGCGACUCUUCACCGAGGCGCGCACCCGUUUCUACGCCUGUCAGAUCAUUCUGGCACUUGACUAUCUGCACACUCGGGGCAUCAUCUAUCGAGAUUUGAAGCUGGAGAACCUUCUGCUGGACAGCGAGGGCAAUAUUAAAAUUGCCGACUUUGGCCUGUGCAAGGAGGAUAUUACCUUUGGCGCGACGACCAAGACCUUCUGCGGCACACCAGAGUACCUGGCGCCGGAGGUGCUUGAAGACACUGACUACGGAAGAGCGGUCGAUUGGUGGGGCCUCGGCGUGGUCAUGUACGAGAUGAUGGUCGGCCGACUGCCUUUCUACAAUCGCGACCACGACGUCCUCUUUGAGCUGAUUCUCAUCGAGGAGGUGCGCUUCCCGCGGACUCUCUCCUGCGAGGCGCGUGACCUCCUCUAUGGGCUACUGCGCAAGGACCCCGCUCGCCGUUUUGGCGGCGGGCCGGACGAUUCAAAGGAGAUCAUGUACCACGUCUUCUUCCGGGGCGUCAACUGGCAGGAGGUGCUCGAGAAGAAG